AUGGUGACUUUACGAGUUCAGGUGGCAGUGAUUGGUGCACCAACGGUAGGAAAGUCAUCCUUUGUGCAGAUGAUCCACAGCAAUGGUGUGACGUUUCCCAAGAACUAUCUGAUGACUAUGGGAUGUGAUCUUGUUGUGAAGGAGGUGCCCGUAGAUGAUGAGAACAUGGUAGAGAUGCUCAUAUUUGAUGUAGCGGGGCAGAAGGAAUAUGAAACAAUGGUUCCCGCAUACUUGGAGCGGGCCGCGGCGUUCAUUCUCAUGUAUGAUGUUUCCAACAAAAUUACGUUUGAGGCGUGCACAAAGUGGCUGAGUGCCAUUCAGCGUGUGAACAAGAACGCGAUUGGAUUCCUCAUAGCGAACAAGACAGAUCUCUCAGAUAAGGCAGAGGUGUCGGAGCGCCAGGGAAAAGACUUUGCUAAUUCAAAUCAAAUGAAGUUCUACAAGUGUUCCACACUCCGCGGGGUUGGCAUUCGUGAGCCCAUUGAUGAUAUAGCAAAACUUUACGUUGACGCCUACCAAAAGCGCAUCGAGCAGGUUUCAAAUAUGAAAUGA